GGAUUAAAAGCAUUGCCCUCACAGCAGAUGUCAGCAAACCUGAGGAUGUACAAAGGAUGGUGGACACCAUUGUUGCUCGCUGGGGCACGGUCCACAUUGCGUGCAACAAUGCAGGAAUCAAUAUGAACUCUGCGAGCGAAGAUACUUCCUUAGAAGAAUGGGACAAAACUUUUAAUGUUAAUUUACGAGGAUUAUUUUUGUGCUGCCAAGCUGCAGGCCGCAUUAUGCUGAAUCAAGGAUAUGGGAAGAUAAUUAACACAGCAUCUAUGGCAAGUUUAAUAGUCCCACACCCGCAGAAGCAGUUGGCGUACAAUGCCUCGAAAGCUGGGGUCGUAAAAUUAACACAGACAUUAGGAACCGAGUGGAUUGACAGAGGAGUAAAUGUCAACUGCAUUUCCCCGGGCAUCGUUGACACGCCGCUCAUCCGCUCCAAGGACCUGAGGCCACUGGUGCGGCGCUGGCUGGGGGACAUCCCGGCUGGGAGGCUGGCUCAGGCGACUGAUCUGCAGGCUGCUGUCGUCUAUUUGGCCUCUGAAGCCUCGGAUUACAUGACGGGCCAUAAUCUGGUCAUCGAGGGUGGCCAGAGCCUGUGGUGA